AUGGCCCCCACUUCCAUCUAUCAUGAGUGCAAUCAGAUCAUGCCGGGCGUGCUCCGCGCGCACCGUGCCGCGCUCACCUACCUCGAGUUCCGCGACCACACGGAGAUGGGCCCCCGCGACGACGAGCACGAGGACGGCGCGUCCGGCUCCGCCUCCCCCGUGUCCGCCACCUCGUUUUCGAGGGCCGCGAGAACGACGUCUCGACUCUCGGACGCGGACCACCUCCCGCCCCACCCGAACCUCGCCUUCGUCGACGUCUGGGUCUCCACCCCGCGCCGCGCACUCGCCUAUCGCCCCCACGCCCGCCUGGAUGUGCAAUAUAUAUAA